AUGGUCUCCAAUUGCUUUAGCCUUGGCCUCCAUCUCCAUCCUCAUCCCCACAAACACAAUCGUAUUUCACUUUCUUCCUCAAGAUUCCACACAAAAGCUAAACUCGAUCACCAUGUCUCAUUCACAGCCUCAAGCCACAAGAGUUUCUACUCUUCUUCCGGGUCUUCUUCUGAUCCACUACUUAAAAGUCUCAAACACUGUGCAUGGAGCCGGUCCGGUGACAACUUCGGUUUGAGCCGAUCCGGUGUCAUCCGCCCAAGAUUAUCGACUAUGACCGGCUCAGAGUUCGAUGACUCCGAGUACGACGAAUCCCAAUUCGACCCGACCCUCACGAAUGACGACUUGAAACCGACGAAACCAAGCCAAAGAACGUUUUCUUGGCUGGAUAUGUCAAGCUUAUGGAUCGGUCUAGUGGUUGGUGUGCCUACUUACUACCUCGCCGGCAGCUUAGUUGAUUUAGGCAUGGCUUGGUGGCAAGGAAUAGCCACGGUGGUUGCUGCCAACCUAAUCUUGCUUGUGCCUCUGGUCCUCACCGCUCAGCCUGGUACGAUGUACGGAAUCUCUUUCCCUGUAUUGGCUAGAUCAUCAUUCGGCAUCCGUGGAGCUCAUAUCCCGACUCUACUCAGAGCAUUGGUCGGUUGUGGAUGGUAUGGUAUCGAGACAUGGAUAGGAGGAGAAGCCAUCUUCUUGCUCUUACCGAAUCACGUUAAGACCUCUGCUUUGUCUCAUACACUACCUUGGUUAGGUACUUCUCCUCUUGAGUUCUCCUGUUUCAUCGUCUUCUGGUUGGCUCAGCUUUGUAUUGUGUGGAGAGGAAUGGAUGGAAUUAGAAAGCUUGAGAAGUACUCAGCUCCGGUUCUGAUUACUCUCACUUCAUGUCUCCUUGUCUGGUCAUAUAUCAAAGCCGGUGGAUUCGGUCACAUGCUUUCCUUGUCAUCCAAGCUAACCUCUGCUCAGUUCUGGUCUCUCUUCUUCCCUUCGCUAACCGCAAACAUAAGCUUUUGGGCUACUCUAGCUUUGAACAUUCCCGAUUUCUCCCGGUUUGCGAAAUCUCAAACCGAUCAAGUCAUCGGUCAAGUUGGUCUUCCGGUUUUCAUGGGUAUGUUCACGUUUGUUGGUUUAGCUGUAACGUCCUCCACAAGUAUCAUCUUCGGAAGAGUUAUCUCCAAUCCGAUUGAGCUUCUUGGUCAAAUCGGAGGUCUUGCCACAACUCUACUCGCUAUCCUCGGAAUCUCACUCGCCACAAUCACCACAAACAUAGCCGCAAACGUGGUCGCACCAGCAAACGCGCUUGUGAAUCUGAACCCUAAGGUGUUCACAUUUGGAAGAGGAGCGUUAUUGACCGCGGUUCUUGGAAUCGUGUGUCAGCCGUGGAGAUUGCUCAAAUCGAGUGAGAGCUUUGUGUACACGUGGCUCAUCGGUUACUCGGCGCUUCUUGGUCCGAUCGGCGGCAUAGUUCUCGUUGAUUAUUACAUGAUCAAGAAGAUGAGACUGAACAUUGGAGAUUUGUACUCUUUGAGUCCUUCCGGGGAAUAUUAUUUUUCCAAGGGAUAUAAUGUCGCUGCCGUCGUGGCUUUGAUCGCCGGAAUCAUACCUGUUGUGCCUGGGUUUCUACACAAGAUCGGCGCUUUGUCGAAGAUCUCAAAUGGGUUUGUAGUUGUUUACGACAACGCUUUGUUUUUCAGCUUCAUCAUCGCGGGAUUUGUGUAUUGGAUCACCAUGUCUUAUCUGAGAAGGAAACAGAGCUCUCUGUCUUCUUCUUCACAGCCGCUUCUGUAA